CUCAAUUCAAGAACAUGUGCGGGAAUAUUCCUGGCUUCACUUUUGACAUUCAUACUGGAAAAGCUGUUGACAUAGAUGAAUGUAAGAAAAUCCCAGGAAUCUGUGCAAAUGGUGUUUGCAUCAAUCAGAUUGGCAGCUUCCGCUGUGAAUGCCCCACUGGAUUCAGCUACAAUGAUCUGGUCUUGGUCUGUGAAGAUGUUGACGAGUGCAGCAGUGGAGACAAUCUCUGUCAGAGAAAUGCAGAGUGUAUCAACAGUCCUGGUAGUUACCGCUGUGAAUGUGCUGCUGGUUUUAAGCUUUCACCCAGUGGUGCCUGUGUUGAUCGCAAUGAAUGUCUGGAAAUUCCUAAUGUUUGCAGUCAUGGUUUAUGUGUGGACACACAAGGAAGUUACCAGUGCAUAUGUCACAAUGGUUUUAAGGCUUCUCAAGACCAGACUAUGUGCAUGGAUGUUGAUGAAUGUGAACGCCAUCCAUGUGGAAAUGGAACUUGUAAAAACACAGUUGGAUCAUAUAACUGCCUAUGUUAUCCAGGAUUUGAAUUAACUCAUAAUAAUGAUUGUAUGGAUAUCAAUGAGUGCAGUUCCUUCUUUGGUCAGGUGUGCAUAAAUGGACAGUGUUUCAAUGAGAUUGGUUUCUUCAAAUGUUUAUGUAAUGAAGGAUAUGAACUUACACUAGAUGGCAAGAAUUGCAUUGAUACUAAUGAGUGUGUGGCAUUACCCACUGCAUGCUUUCCUGGUACCUGCCAAAAUUUGGAGGGAUCAUUCAGAUGCGUCUGUCCAUCAGGAUAUGAAGUAAAAAGUGAAAGUUGUAUUGAUGUUGAUGAGUGUAAUGAGGAUCCCAGCAUCUGUCUCUUUGGUUCUUGUACAAACACUCCAGGAGGUUUCCAGUGCAUCUGUCCUACGGGUUUUGUGCUGUCUGAUAAUGGACGGAGAUGUUUCGAUACUCGCCAGAGCUUCUGUUUCACUAACUUUGAGAACGGGAAAUGCUCAGUGCCAAAGGCUUUCAACACCACAAAGGCAAAGUGUUGCUGCAGUAGAAUUCCAGGAGAAGGAUGGGGUGAUCCUUGUGAGCUCUGUCCAAAGGAAGAAGAAGUUGCUUUUCAGGACCUGUGUCCCUACGGUCAUGGAACUAUUCCUGGAAUUGAUGAUACACGUGAAGAUGUCAAUGAAUGCCUUGAAAACCCAGGAAUUUGCUCAAAUGGUCAGUGCAUCAAUAGUGAUGGAUCAUUCCGCUGUGAGUGUCCCAUGGGAUACAACUUAGAUUUCACUGGAGUGCAUUGCAUCGAUACUGAUGAAUGUUCGGUUGGCAACCCAUGUGGAAAUGGUACGUGCACCAAUGUGAUCGGCAGUUUUGAGUGCCGCUGUCACAAAGGAUUUGAGCCAGGUCCGAUGGUGAGCUGCGAAGAUAUAAACGAGUGUGCUCAGAAUCCCUUGCUAUGUGCAUUUCGUUGUAUCAACACUUACGGUUUCUAUGAAUGUAUAUGUCCAGCUGGCUAUGAACUAAGAGAAGACCGUAGGAUGUGCAAAGAUAUGGAUGAGUGUGCUGAAGGUCUUCAUAACUGUGAAUCAAAAGGCAUGAUGUGCAAAAAUUUGAUUGGUACCUUCAUAUGCAUUUGUCCUCGAGGAAUGAUCCAGAGACCUGGUGGAGAAGGCUGCACAGAUGAAAAUGAAUGCCGCACCAAGCCAGGUAUCUGUGAAAAUGGUCGUUGCUUGAACAUUAUUGGGAGCUACCAAUGUGAAUGCAAUGAAGGAUUCCUGUCAAGUCCAUCAGGCACUGAGUGUCUUGAUAAUCGUCAAGGGUUUUGCUUUGCUGAAGUUUUACAGACAAUGUGUCAGAUGGCUUCAAGCAGCCGGAAUCUUGUCACAAAAUCAGAGUGCUGCUGUGAUGGAGGCCGGGGCUGGGGUAACCAGUGUGAGCUCUGUCCGCUUCCCAGAACUACCCAAUAUAAGAAACUCUGUCCACAUGGACCAGGCUAUACUACAGAUGGAAGAGAUAUUGAUGAAUGUAAGGUCAUGCGAAACCUAUGUAAAAAUGGACAGUGUAUUAACGCUAUGGGCUCCUUCCGAUGCUUUUGCAAAGUUGGCUAUACCACUGACAUAAGUGGUACAUUUUGUAUUGAUCUUGAUGAGUGUGCCCAGUCUCCUAAACCUUGCCAUUUUAUCUGCAAGAACUCAGAAGGGAGCUAUCAGUGCUCAUGUCCUCGGGGCUACGUCCUACAAGAAGAUAGAAAGACGUGUAAAGAUCUUGAUGAAUGUCAAAACAAACAACACAAUUGUCAGUUUCUCUGUAUCAACACCCUUGGAGGCUUCACAUGCAAAUGUCCACCUGGUUUUAUGCAACACCACACAGCUUGUAUUGAUAAGAAUGAAUGUGCUUCUCAGCCAUCGCUUUGUGGAUCAAAAGGUAUUUGCCAAAACAGCCCUGGAAGUUUUACCUGUGAAUGUCAAAAGGGAUUUUCUUUGGAUUCUACUGGAUUAAACUGUGAAGAUGUGGAUGAAUGUGAGGGAGACCAUGGGUGCCAGCAUGGCUGUCAAAACAUCCUGGGUGGAUACAGAUGUGGAUGCCCACGGGGAUAUAUUCAACAUCACCAGUGGAAUCAAUGUGUUGAUGAAAAUGAAUGCUCCAGUCCUAACAUGUGUGGCUCUGCUUCUUGCUACAACACGCUUGGAAGUUACAAGUGUGUCUGCCCAUCUGGAUUUUUUUAUGACAAGUUCUCCAGUGCAUGCCAUGAUGUAAAUGAGUGUUCUACCAAGAACUCCUGCAAUUAUGGUUGUUUCAACACUGAAGGUGGUUAUCUUUGUGGCUGUCCACCUGGCUAUUACAGGAUUGGACAAGGUCACUGUGUCUCAGGGAUGGGAUUUAACAGAGGCCAGUACCUGCCACUGGAUGGAGAUGCUGAUGAAGAGGAUGCUUUGUCCCCUGAAGCAUGUUACAUGUGCAAAAUCAAUGGCAAUUCCAAAAAAGACAGCAGGAAGAAGAGAAGUGCUAAUGACACUGUUGAGCAGUUUAGCUUGGAAAGUCUAGACAUAGAUAGUCCUUUGAAGAUGAGAAUCAACGUUUCCAGGCUUGGCAACAAGGAGCACAUCCUAGAACUCAUGCCAGCCGUUGAGACCCUUACCAACCACGUGCGCUACAUCAUCUCACACGGCAAUGAUGAUGGCAUCUUUCAAAUGCAUCAGAGGGAUGGACUGAGUUAUUUGCACACAGUUAAGAAUACAUCAGCACCUGGAACUCAUACUCUGGAAAUCGCUAGCAUUCCUCUGCAUAAGAAAAAGAAGGUAACGAAAAUGGAAGAUGGCUAUGAGGUCAAGUACCUCCUGGGAGAGCUUGGGAAAGCUCUUAGAAUGAGGCUGUGGAUAGACCUCUACUAGCCAUCUUCCAGACUGAGGCCAGUUCCUC